CCGCCGCCGUCACGCCUCCAGCACCGAGUUUUGUGCUCCGCUCCAGUUCCGCCCUCUCCAAAGAAAAUAUCCUCCUCCUCCUCCUCCUCACCAGCCAUCGACGAAACUUCAAAGUUAGCCAACUUAGCGCCCAAAAACCAGCCGUUUUCUGUAUUUCUAUCGGGACCCGCAGUUUGAGAGAGCAGCGUACCUCGGCAUGAGGAAGUUUCUGCGGUAGAAACUUGAUCUGACACAAGGAUGAGGAGCUCCAGUGCGUAGCCCCACGGUACAUCACGUGACUGUCUCAGUUCAUCCGCUUGUUAAAGUGUGCCUAUCAGAUAAAUCAUGGCUCGUGGCUGCAUCUGCUGCGUGAAGUACAUGCUCUUCCUCUUCAACCUGCUCUUCUGGUUGGGUGGGUGCGGUUUGCUGGGUGUCGGGGUUUGGCUGUCGGUGUCCCAGGGCAGCUUUGCCACCCUGUCGCCCUCAUUCCCAUCACUGUCUGCCGCCAACCUCAUCAUCACCCUCGGCACCGUCGUCAUGGUGACUGGUUUCCUCGGUUGCCUGGGUGCCAUCAAGGAGAACAAGUGCCUGCUGCUGAGUUUUUUCAUCGUUCUGUUGAUCAUCCUUCUGGCUGAACUUAUCCUCCUUAUUCUGUUCUUCGUCUACACAGACAAGGUGAGUGCUAAUGCCAGACAGGACCUGAAAGAAGGGCUGGUGCUGUACAACACAGAUGACAAUGCUGGCCUGAGGAACGCAUGGAAUACAAUACAGACAGAGUGGCGGUGUUGUGGGGUGAUGAGUCACACUGACUGGCAUGCAGCCCUGCAGGAGAAGGUUGUUCCUGACCGCUGCUGCCAGGAGGUUUUCCCGGGCUGCGGGCGCAACGCCUCCAAUGCCUUCUGGACACGGGGUUGCUAUGAGAAGGUAGAGGAGUGGCUGGAUGACAAUAAACACCUCCUGGGAACCAUUGCUAUGUGUGUGUUGGUCAUACAGCUCCUUGGUAUGGCUUUCUCAAUGACGCUUUACCAACAGAUCCACCGAGCAGGCAAGAAGUACGAAGCUUGACUGGAUUAAUUUCUUUUUCUCACAAACACACUCACAUACUGUUUCAUUUCAUUUCAUCUCAUUCCCUUCCCAACCCAAGAUUUCUUUUCUUUGCUUUGGCUUUACCCUCACCAUAUGUUUAUAGUAAAAAUAAGCCACAUCCUUGUAGUGCAUGCCACAACAGCUUUUUAUCUUGCAUUCCUCAUCUGUGCACCCAUAUAUUGUUGUGAAUAGUCUUUGAACUAGCAUUUCUUAUGCAUUUCUUUUACUAUAACCAGAGUUUUUAUUUAAAAGAUUUGUAUUUGAGAAUUGAACAAAGAGAAUAGACUUAAACACCUGGAAAGAAGGAUAAAGGGAACAUUAGUUCAUUGUUUAAAAGCCAUGCCUUUGGAAUAAUACAGUGUAUGCAUUUAUUUACAACAAGCAUUGUGUACGAAGAUAUGUUCAAUAAAAGCAGAGAUUAGUCUCUCGUGAAUGUUUUAA